GAGGUUCGAAGACGAUCAGAUACCGUCGUAGUUCUGACCAUAAACGAUGUCGACCGGCGAUCCGCGGGAGUUGUCCGAAUGACCCCGCGGGCAGCCUCCGGGAAACCAAAGUUUUUGGAUUCCGGGGGAAGUAUGGUUGCAAAGCCGAAACUUAAAGGAAUUGACGGAAGGGCACCACCAGGAGUGGAGCCUGCGGCUUAA